UAAUCAGCAGCAUCCACGUAAGACGGAGGAUGUUAACGAAGCCCUGUGUGGGGAAGGAGUGAGAGACCAAAGGGACAAGAAAAAUGGAAGUACAAGAGAAAGGAGGAUAGGAGUCUACAGAAGUAUUAGUGGUGCCGGCUACUAGAAUUGUGAGCAUUACAGAUGGUGGCAGUGUGAGCAGCGACUGGAUGGCUUGGCACUGGGUCAUUGCAGUCACUUGGUGGGAGAUCUAGAACAAAAAAGGUACUUCACUUCUGCAAGGCCCUGUGCUCUUGUUUUCAUACUGUUUGUUUUAAUAUUGUUUUAUCACUCUUAACAGCCAUCACACUGAAAUUUUUUCUUAAAAUUAUUAAAAGGACAUCACACUUGGAGACUAUGUUUGGGGAGCGGUGACUGUCCCAUUGUCCCUGGGAGCAGACUCUUGAGUCAUAGAGAAGAAAGAAGACAAGACCAUAUCGCUCUGAAGGCCUGGGAGACAAACAGUUAUCUGAGCAUCAGUAAACCCUGAAGGUGUCACUAUGCCAUCCUGAAAUUUUUCUAACAGAAAAUGGCUCCAAAAGGUAAAUGAAGCUGGAAAAAUACAUAGAUGCAGCAUUGCAGCCUCUCCAGAUGUUUGAGGAUAAUACUCCAGAGAGAAAUUGAUCCCCUUGGAUUAGGUAACUAGUCAUAAUGAAGAAAAUUAGUCUUAAAACCUUCCGGAAGUCUUUCAACUUGAAUAAAAGUAAAGAAGAAACGGAUUUCAUGGUAGUACAACAACCAUCACUAGCCAGUGAUUUUGGAAAAGAUGAUUCCUUAUUUGGUAGCUGCUAUGGUAAAGAUAUGGCCAGCUGUGAUAUCAACAGUGAAGAUGAAAAAGGUGGAAAAAAUAGAUCCAAAAGUGAAAGCCUCAUGGGUACGUUGAAAAGACGGCUCUCUGCGAAACAGAAGCAGAAAGGCAAGGGCAGCACACCCUCUGGGAGCUCUGCCGAUGAGGACACCUUCUCCUCCUCCUCAGCACCCAUCGUCUUUAAAGAUGUGAGAGCUCAAAGGCCAAUGAGGUCCACUUCCCUCCGCAAUCAUCACUACAGCCCUACGCCGUGGCCUCUUCGACCUACCACCUCGGAGGAGACGUGUAUCAAAAUGGAGGUGAGAGUCAAAGCCUUGGUUCACUCUUCCAGUCCAAGCCCAGCACUGAAUGGUGUUCGGAAGGAUUUUCACGACCUUCAGUCUGAAACUGUGUGCCAAGAACAAAGUAACCCCCUGAAGAGUUCGGAAUCUCAGAAUGGAGACUUGCAUCUUCACCUUGAUGAACAUGUGCCUGUAGUUAUUGGACUUAUGCCUCAGGACUACAUUCAGUAUACUGUGCCUUUAGAUGAGGGGAUGUACCCUUUGGAAGGAUCGCGUAGCUAUUGUCUGGACAGUUCUUCUCCCAUGGAAGUCUCUGCAGUCCCUCCUCAAGUGGGAGGGAGCUCCUUCUCUGAGGACGAGAAUCAGGUAGACCAGGACCUAGUCGUGGCCCAGGAGAUCUUUGUGGAUCAGUCAGUGAAUGGCUUGUUGAUCGGCACCACGGGAGUCAUGUUGCAGAGCCCACGAGCAAGUCAUGAUGAUGUCCCUCCACUCUCACCAUUGCUACCUCCAAUGCAGACUAAUCAAAUCCAAAGGAACUUCAGUGGGCUCACCGGCACAGAUGCCCACGUGGCUGAAAGUAUGCGCUGUCAUUUGAAUUUUGAUCCUAACUCUGCUCCUGGGGUUGCACGAGUUUAUGACUCAGUGCAGAGUAGUGGUCCCAUGGUUGUGACAAGCCUUACUGAGGAGCUGAAAAAACUUGCAAAACAAGGAUGGUACUGGGGACCAAUCACACGCUGGGAGGCAGAAGGGAAGCUAGCAAAUGUUCCAGAUGGUUCUUUCCUUGUUCGGGAUAGUUCUGAUGACCGUUAUCUUUUAAGCUUGAGCUUUCGCUCCCAUGGCAAAACACUUCACACUAGAAUUGAACACUCAAACGGUAGGUUUAGCUUUUAUGAACAGCCAGAUGUGGAAGGACAUACGUCUAUAGUUGAUCUAAUUGAGCAUUCAAUCAGGGACUCUGAAAAUGGAGCUUUUUGUUAUUCAAGGUCUCGGUUGCCUGGAUCUGCGACAUACCCCGUCAGACUGACCAAUCCGGUGUCGCGGUUCAUGCAGGUGCGCUCUCUGCAGUACCUGUGUCGGUUUGUCAUACGUCAGUACACCAGAAUAGACUUAAUUCAGAAACUGCCUUUGCCAAACAAAAUGAAGGAUUAUUUACAGGAGAAGCACUACUGAAAGAUGAUGAGAACCCUGCAUCUUGCACUUUGGGAAUAAGAAAAAGAGAUUGAAAUACAGUUUACAAACUUUAAUUACUCUCAGUUCUUUUGCUGCCAUACUAUUUCAGUUUUAUGUGUAAAAGAGUAAUCAGUUUGUUUAGGGGUGGGGAAGUGUUGACAAGGUGUCUUGGGUUUAUUUUGGUUCUUUAAAAAAAGAAGUCUUGAGGUUUUAGAAGUGUGCAUUAUCUUUCAUCAGUGUGCAGAAUAAUCACAAUGUGAAUUAUCAGAUUCUCCUUAACCCCCCUUCCCAAGUCCUUUGCUGCUAUCCACUGUGAUUUUUAUGCAUUUAAAGCACAUUUCAUGUGUAUUCAACCCUAAGUCAAGUUGAAUGAAACUUAUAGAGUGAAAAUUGUUAUGUCUCUUUAAAUGGCCCAUUUUUGAAGAUAGUGUUGAGUAAACAUACCCGUGUGAUAAAACAGAAUUUUCACAUACACUGAAAAUGAUUUGUAAUCUCAUACUUAGAAAGAUUUAUUUAGAAUUAUGAAUCGACAUAAUCUUGGGUAAUGGAAUGCAGAUCUGCAACAUAUCUUUUACAACACUCAUUUCUAAAUUAUUAUUAAGGUUGUGCUGUUUUUUGGUUGUGUAAAGUUGAAUUUUUCUGUUGCCUUCAUUUUCAUCUUGUGGUUUGUCUAUUUUAAUAAAUGGCCUUACAUUAAAAAAUUGUAAAGAAAUGUAUACCAUCAAUUUAGAAAUUGUUGCCUUUUCUGUCGUUAAGCUCUGGUACAAAUUGGCAUAACAUAUAAAGACCUAUGGAACUAGAACUAUUAUUAAAGAAAUACUAGAUGAUCAUAGUUUCCUGUGAUAGCAAUUUUUUGUGUUAUCUAUCCUUUGGUAAAAUGUUUUAUCUGUGAUUUCUUUAGCUUAGUCAAUAUUUUUUCUUGGGUAAACUUGAUAUAGAACUGAUUUUCAUAAAUGGACUAGAUUCUCUUGCAACAUUAAAGUUUAUAUAAAGUUUUAAUUUGAUUUGAAUAGAAAGACAACAUGAUUUUAAAGUCGGAUUUAUAUUAUUUUUAUGUAGUCACUUUUGAGAUGUGCUAGAUUCGACCCUUCCUUCCCCUAGUAAAAAAACAAAAACCAAAAAAAUAGAAAAACCCAAUGAUUUUAGUUGAAAAAUUGUGGAAAUUGUGGAGCACCGUGUCAGAAAAAUAUUAAAACCAUAUCAUAUAUAUGGAAGUCUUAUUGCCUACCAUAUAUAUCGCCAUUUAACAAUAGGUUUUCUAUUUGUUUCUUUUUAGUUUAGUGAAGUCCUUAAGUAAAUUGGCAUCAUUAGUUAUUUUCUCUCUUUGAGUCGGUCCUUGGGGGGAGUAACUAAAUAUGUUUUAGUUAUUUUGAAAUGCAGUAUUUACUCACUGCGGGUCCUUUAGUGUAGUUUUGGGAUUACCCCAUCAGCUACGCAGCUUUAAAGGAAAAUGUCUCCAUCUCAGAUGAAACAUGUAAUUUAAGACAUUUCUUCCUUUGCAACUCAGUUUUCGUGUCUCUUACCCCCAUUUAAAAAUAACAGUCCAAGUCUUAGGUCAAACUUAAUGGCUUUGACAUGCAAACAUAUCAGUAUCCCCAUUUUUUUUCUCUAUUUGUUUUUUAGGGUCAGAACGGAGAAUACCAAGAAAAGGGACAAUGCCAUAAUAUCAUGUUAUGGUAUUUUGACUUAAAGGGGAAAGGUACUUAAUUUUGGUGGAGUGUUAAUUGUACCUUGUCACAAAGACUCCUCUUUCAUUUUCUGAUAUGUUUUCACCUACUAAGAUGGGAUAUGGAGUAUACUGUAAUAAUAUAAUUUAAGUGUUCACUAUAAGCUAUUUGGAUUAAGAACUAUUACAGAGUUGUAAACUUAUCAAAUUAAUACAAGACAUUUAAACUAUUUUUUUGCAAAACUAUUUAUUUUUAAACAAUUUAAAAUAUAUCUAGGGUGAGUUAAAAGUCCCUGUGCAUCUAUAUUAGAUGGCAGGUAUCAUCGCAGAAUCACUGUGUAUUAAUAAUAAAUGUUAAAAUGGCUUCUCCGUGUUUCUAGAACCAUUUACAUGUACUCUUUGUGAGGUCAUGGUGCACAGAGGUCUUUAGACUGCCCUGAACCCCGUCUUACCAUGUUGGCAAAGCCUGUUCCCCACGUUUUCCUCAUGAUACCAUGUGUUUAAGAUCUAGCCAUUUAGUUUCAAGUUAAGAUUAUUCUAAUUUUCAUCUAGAUGUUUUUAAAAUUGUAUUUUGUGUUUUUAUGGAGGGGCAAGUCUUGAUACUGUUCAGAAAGCCAAUUUUUUAUGUGCUUUUGUAUAUUCGUAAUAUAGAAUACUUUAAAGUAAAAUGCGCUAUUCUAAUUCAAUUUGGAAUUGCUCAAGUCUGAGAGUGUGUUGAUAAUAAUAAAAGUAUUUACCAAGAAAUUACAAACAGAGAGGAGUAUUGCAGUAUUUUCUCCUUUUGUGUAGAGAGCACCAUUUGGCACAAUAAAUAUCAUGUGGAAGGUUGGCUUUAUAGGAGGCUACAACAGUCUGGUUGAAAAUGGAAAGGGGAAACAGAAAUCUUCAUCCUAUAGUUUGGUUUAGGGACAAUUUGGGUAAAUUUCUGGAUUCUAUUGGCUAGUGGCUUAGAUGACAUGGACACAAUGUGUGAGUGAGUUUUAAAUAUGUGCUUCUAAAAAUCUGAGCUUGAGGCAAGAAAAAGAAAACAGGAAAGCUGUAUCCUUUUGCCAUAAUAAAUGAAUCAGAGUUGAUGUUUAUCAAAUUGUUUUAUCACAAAACAUGAUGGAGGCCAGAAACUAUUUCCAGGCUCGCUAGGACACUAUUAUGCAUUUUUAUAAAUAAUAAGAAAGCAUAGAAAGUACUUGAAAAAUGUGUCACUCUUUCUCUUUCAAAGGAAAACUGUUCUCUUUCUACUUGGUGCAAUAAUCUGAAAAUUUAGAAGGUCAAAAAUAUAUCACAGGAAAUGAUCAUAGAACUAAAAAUAGUUUUUAAGGAAACCAGCUACACAGGGCAACUAUCGUGCUGUUGAAGAAAAUCAUGUGCCAAAAGGCUAAAUCAUUGGUGUUUAGGAAAUAAAACAUAAAGUAUAGAUUAUAAUUUCUGAGCCAGUAUUAUUGAAACAGGAUAAAAGUUACUAAAAUCUUAAAUAGGUUAUAUGCAAUGUCUCUGCUAGUGCUACAAGUCUAAAUAUCUUAACAAUGCUUUCAGAAACGCCAAUUUUAGUCAUUGUACAUUUCACAUUGUAUAUGAGAGAGAAUUGCUUUAUGAAUGAUUCAAAAUAAUAUUUUAAAUCUUAAUGGCUUUUCAUCGAAUUUGAAGUCUUAAUUUGAAAAUGAAAUCACACUACCAGCAAUAGACAAGUUGUUGAAAACUCUAAUAAGGAACAGUGGCCAGUUCCAUAAAUAACUUUAAAAUUCUAAAAUAAAGUAUUGGUACGCUAGUAAUCACAAAUUUGGUUUCUUUUAAUACUUUUUUAAUCCUAUAAAGAAGGUUUUUUAUAAGCAUCCUUUUUAUUAAUCAGACAUAACAUGGCAAAUGUGUAGUUGCUGUUUCUGAAAAGUAAUCCAAACUCUACAUCCAGAGAUGAUGAAAAAUUCUUAUAGAAUUUUGUAAUAAGUAUACAUGUUGGGUUAAUGAAGUUUUAUAGUCGUUGGAGUGCCAUGAAAUUAAUACUUGCAAUCCAAAUUGCUGUAGUUUACACUUUUUCUGUAUGUUUCAAAUCAGGUGUGUACCAUUUGUACUGAGAACACCACAGAAUGAAUUAUCCAAAGUCCAUUGAUUUUAAUACGUGUUUUGGUUUGUAAACAAAUUAUAGUAAUUUCUUGCACAUUUUUGGAAAUUAAUUGUAUAAGAAUUUAUGUAUCUGCUUCUAGAUACGGUGUGUAAAUAAAACUUUUCGUUCACAAGA